UCUCCCAUGUAUACAGACAGCUCAGUCAUCAUGGAGAGAGCGCCGCCCUUGCAGAAGGGAGGGAGAGUGCAACCUCAGGGCCACAAACUGCGCUCUCAUCCUCCCACCAGUGGGAGCAGUGUUUGUGCCAACCCGACCUACUAUCAUACUGUGUAUGACAUGAGUGAUGCAGCAUGCAAUGACUACAGCAAAGCCAAUGGAGGGGAAACCGUAGUGAUAGAUGGGACACUUUACUCUUUGAUGCCCAGUGACUCUCUGGUUCCUCCUGUCAGAAGGAGAGGAGGCCUAGUUGACCACCGUGAUGUCAUCAAAGCACACCAAUCCCAUAAAUUGCAGAGCACUCCACAGGCCCGACGAAAACAAUGGGAAAUGGCUCGGUUCGGAGACGAAGUGCCGGGCAGGUAUGGCGGUGGGGGCUCCGGUCAGGGGGGACCCGGCCGCGGCGGCAGCAGGCAGGGUGGCCCGCCAGGCGCCCAAAGGAUGUAUAAGCAAUCGAUGGCCCAGAGGGCCCGGACCAUGGCCCUCUAUAACCCAAUCCCGGUCCGACAGAACUGCCUGACGGUCAACCGCUCUCUGUUUCUCUUCAGUGAAGACAACAUAGUGAGAAAAUACGCCAAAAAGAUCACCGAAUGGCCUCCAUUUGAGUGGAUGAUUCUGACCACCAUCAUUGCCAACUGCAUCGUACUGGCUCUUGAACAACACUUACCAGAUGGAGACAAAACUCCACUGUCAGAACGACUGGAAGAUACAGAGCCCUAUUUCAUUGCAAUUUUCUGCUUCGAGUCGGGCAUUAAGAUUCUUGCACUGGGAUUUGCCUUCCACAAGGGCUCCUACCUGAGAAACGGCUGGAACGUGAUGGACUUUGUAGUGGUGCUCACUGGUAUCCUGUCCUCCGUGGGGUCAGAAUUAGACCUGCGGACAUUGCGAGCAGUCAGAGUGUUGCGGCCCCUAAAACUGGUGUCAGGAAUUCCAAGCCUGCAGGUGGUGCUGAAGUCUAUUAUGAAGGCUAUGAUUCCACUACUGCAAAUUGGCGUGCUCUUAUUCGUGGCCAUCCUUAUGUUUGCCAUCAUUGGCCUGGAGUUCUACAUGGGCAAAUUCCACCAAACCUGCUUCGACAGUAUCACAGGUGAGAUGGCUGAUGAACAGCCCUGUGGUAAGGAAUUUCCCGCACGAGUGUGUCAGAAUGGGUCGGUGUGUGAUGUGUACUGGCUUGGGCCAAACUAUGGCAUCACACAGUUUGACAACGUCCUCUUUGCCGUGCUCACUGUUUUCCAGUGCAUCACCAUGGAGGGUUGGACUGACAUGCUUUAUUACAGUAAUGAUGCCUUAGGGAGUGCUUGGAACUGGAUGUACUAUGUUCCUCUCAUCAUCAUCGGAUCCUUCUUCAUGCUUAAUCUGGUGUUGGGUGUCCUCUCGGGUGAGUUUGCCAAAGAAAGAGAGCGUGUGGAGAACAGGAGCGAGUUCCUCAAGCUCAAACGUCAGCAGCAGAUUGAGAGAGAGCUCAAUGGAUAUCUGGAGUGGAUCUGUAAAGCAGAAGAAGUCAUACUCGCAGAGGACGAUGAUGGCACUGGAUCUCGCCGCAGGCCCAUCAUAAAGAAAAACAAAGCUGACCUGUUAAAUCCAGAAGGAGUAGAGGACCACAUGGGAGAUGCAGUUGGCUCACCUUUUGCUCGUGGGAGCAUAAAGAGUGGAAAGGGAGAUGGGACCGCAUUUAGCAAGAAAGAGCGACGUCUUCGCUUCUUCAUUCGAAAGAUUGUAAAGACUCAGGCGUUCUACUGGACUGUCCUCAGCCUGGUGGGACUCAACACACUGUGUGUGGCUGUGGUACACUACGAUCAGCCCGAACUACUGUCGGACUUCCUCUAUUAUGCUGAGUUCAUUUUCCUAGGCCUCUUUAUGUCAGAGAUGCUGAUUAAGAUGUACGGACUGGGGACGCGCCCUUAUUUCCACUCCUCUUUCAACUGUUUCGACUGUGCCGUCAUCGUUGGCAGCAUAUUUGAGGUGCUCUGGGCCAUGGUCAAACCGGGGACGUCCUUUGGAAUCAGCGUGUUACGAGCUCUCCGACUGCUUAGGAUCUUCAAAGUCACCAAAUACUGGGCAUCUUUGCGUAAUCUGGUAGUGUCGCUUCUGAACUCCAUGAAGUCCAUUAUCAGUUUACUUUUCCUUCUCUUCCUCUUCAUCGUGGUCUUUGCUCUUCUCGGGAUGCAGCUGUUCGGUGGACAGUUUAACUUUGAGCAAGGCACUCCUCCCACAAACUUUGAUACGUUCCCUGCUGCCAUUAUGACAGUGUUUCAGAUUCUAACCGGAGAGGAUUGGAAUGUAGUGAUGUAUGACGGGAUUAAGUCUCAGGGAGGGGUGGACAAAGGAAUGAUCUUCUCCGUAUUCUUCAUUGUCCUUACACUCUUUGGCAACUACACACUACUGAAUGUAUUCUUGGCUAUCGCUGUGGACAACUUGGCCAACGCUCAGGAACUAACUAAGGAUGAACAAGAAGAAGAGGAGGCCACAACACAAAAGAUUGCUCUCCAGAAAGCGAAAGAAGUGGCGGAAGUGAGCCCGAUGUCUGCUGCCAACCUGUCUAUAGCUGUAGUUACAGUAAAAUCUGAACGUAUCGAUGCCACAGACAGUUUACUGGACUGUAAAGAGCAGCAGAAGAACUCAAAAGGUUCCAAGACAGUGUGGGAGCAGCGCACAAAUGAGAUCCGCAGACAGAACCUGAUGACCAGCAGAGAGGCGCUUUACAAUGAACUUGAUGCAGAAGAUCACUGGAAGUUGAACUACCGCAACCGUCCUGACAUGAAGACACACUUGGACCGUCCACUAGUAGUUAAUCCUCAGGAGAACCGCAACAACAAUACCAACAAGCCCCGACCGGGUGAACCAAACCCCCAGGAGCUAAACCAGCAGCGGGGGGAAGAAUACCUGCAGCACCAGUCCCGAUACCACCACCAUCACAGUCAUCAUCAUCACCAUCACCAUCACCACCACUCCAGCCGCCAGUCCCUGCACCAGCCAGAGCUGGGGGAGGCAGGCUGUGAUUGUGCCCAGAGAGGAGACGAGGACAUGGAGGGCGCAGGGGAGCACAGGCGACCCCGACACCACCAGCACCGAAGGAGGGAUGAAGAUGGAGGGAGAAAACACAGAGAACACCACAGCAGAGGGACAGAGACAGUAGAAGAAGGGGAGGAGGAACAAGAGAAGAGGCAGAGGAGGCAUCGCCAUGGAAACCAUGGGGAUGGAGAUGGAAGGAGGGAUAGAGAACGGAGUCGACAGCACAGAGCUAGAAAGGAGGGUAGCUUAUCAAUGGCUCGUCCAGUUCAGCCAGGUCUUCCUCAUGCAGAGAGCCAGUACAGUGAAGAUCUGGACAACCUGCGCAAUAGCAGCAAGAUGGCCAUCCACGACCCUGACCCCGACUUUUACGACCCCUACUGUGACCCAGAUAAGGCCAAUAACCUGCUGAACCUGCGUGGACCAGAUUUCCAUGACAGCAGUCUUAUACUGACAGACUGCAGCAAAACCCCCAGUAAACUUGACCACACUGCCAUAGAUAUGCCUCCGAUUUACCCCUCAUUCAACGCCAAGUUACAAGUGAACAAGAAUGCCAACACCGAGCCAGCUAAAGGAGGAGAGAAGAAAGAAGAGGAGGAAGACGAUGGUGGCGAUGAAGAUGGCCCCAAACCCAUUCCCCCGUUCAGUUCCUGUUUCAUCCUAUCCACAACCAACCCGUUCCGAAGAUGUUGUCAUUACAUCCUGACGCUACGUUAUUUCGAGAUGUGUAUUCUGUCAGUCAUCGCUAUGAGCAGCAUUGCUUUAGCUGCGGAAGAUCCGGUGUGGCCGGAAUCACCUCGAAACAACGUAUUGCGUUACUUUGACUACGUCUUCACUGGGGUCUUCACCUUUGAGAUGCUCAUCAAGAUGGUGGUGUUAGGCAUGGUUUUGCACGAGGGCUCAUAUUUUCGUGACCUAUGGAACUUUCUGGACUUUGUAGUGGUUAGUGGUGCCCUGGUAGCCUUUGCCUUCACGAGCCUCUCUGGGGGGAGCAGUAAGGGGAAAGACAUCAGUGUCAUCAAAUCUCUGAGGGUUCUAAGGGUACUACGUCCCUUGAAGACCAUCAAACGUCUUCCCAAACUAAAAA